CUGUACUGUUUUCCUUCGUCCCAGACGCGAAGAUCCCAUUUUCAGAAUCACAAACCGCGGCCUCUAACCUGGCGAUUCCCACGCUGUAAAGAAGGCUAGAGAUUGGUAGUAACUACAUUGGUAACAUUCGUGGUUCGGGGCUAUAGCUAGCAACCGCUAGCAAACACAAAAUACGUGUGCGCGAAGGAACGACCGACAUACAGGAAACCUGUUAAACGCGAAUUAUCUCCUAUGAUGGAACAAUUGACACUGCGUCAGUGGUGAUCAUCACGGAAUGCCUAAAACAACCACAAAAUGUGUUCUGAAAACCUAUUUAUAUACAUCCUUACAAGUGAAAUCAACAUGCUCUAUAGUUUAAAAAAAAAAAGUUAAUAAAGGUAAUCCUUUGAUUAACCAUAACCGCUUUUCCUGGAAAACCUAGAAGGCAGGUACAUUUAUAUUCAACACUUCCAAUCAACUUGAUUCCACAACUAAAACAUUGACGGCUAAUUGCCCUACACUACCUGGCCAAAAUGGAAAGAAAUCAGAAAAAGACAGUUAACUUUGCCAAGCAACACCAGCAUGUUCUCUUGGACAAAGACACUUACCUGGUUGCCAUCCAAAAACACAAAGAACAUCUUGUCUGUCUGGACACUAAGAUGAAGGAGAUGAAGACCAAGCUAUGGCAGAGGAAGAAGGAUAUGGGAGGAAGGAUCUCUAUUCUGAGUAGAACCCUUCACCAGAAGAAACACAUCCGCAUAAUGGAAGACCAUGUCAACCAGGCAACUGCAACUUAUGACAAGCUGCUGUCCAGGAACAAGGAGUUGCGUGAGGAGAUUGAACACCUGCGGCGCCAGAGGUGCACUUUUGCCCAGAUGAACCUGUGUCUGAGCCAAAAGCUAUUGUCCCAGCACAACGUCAUGGAUGACCUGGUGGAGAAGUCUCUCCUUGCCUAUGACCAGAGGUCUGAUGCCCUAGCACGAAUGCUGGCUGUGAGGGAGCGAAGCAAAAGGGAAACUGGACUCUGCCUCACAGAGAUGACUGAACUGAAGAGGGUCAUCGAUCACUACAUGAAACUCCGCAGCUUCAUGGUCAAAAAGUCCAAGGAAAGAGUACCCAUGGGCGAGGAUGAAGACACCAAAAAGAGAAAAGCCGAGCAGGCUGAGCGUGAGCAAAUGGGAGGCCAGAGUCUGGAGACAUACAAGGCGUUGCACCAGCUGAUUGUGGAGGUGGGCGGUGACAACAACCUGGGUCAGAUCAUCACUUUAUUUAUGGAGGAUGAGGACAACAGCUUUGCCUACUUCAACUACAUGAAUGAGCUGAACAACAGCAGCAACAUGCUGAAGUGCCACAUCAACAAGCUCAGGAGUGACAUUGUUGACUUGGAGCUGGAGAAAAAACAAUAUGAUGAGCAGUGUCAAGUUCAGCUCAAACAACUUCAGGGAGAACUGGAGCAACGUCGCAGCAUGGCCAAUAAUCUAAAGAGCAAGUACACUGUUGUUCUGAAGUUCCUUGACCAGCAGAAGACUGCCGUUGCCCAUCUGUUCAACAAGAUGAGGUGCAACAUUGCUCCUAUCACUGGCAAGCUGGGCUGCAGUGGUAUGGUCACCGAUGACAACGUCACCCAGUUUAUCGGGAUUCUGGAGGAGCAGGUGAAGCUGCUCUGGAUGGUCCAGGCCCAGUGCAGCUACAAGGAGUCUGAUGAGGUGGCACCUCCCCCAUGGAACCUUCUGCAAGCCAGCUGUAGCCUGCGUUCCUCUGUGGCCCCCUCUGCUAUAGAGGCCCCCUCUGCUGAUGACAGCUCCACCGAAACACUACUGGGCUUGGGUCAAUACGCUGACAGCGAACAGACACUUUGUUUCCAGAGCCUGUGUGAUUGGGUGCUGCCCCGAGUUAUGCAGGCUGAGCAGGGCAAAGUGCCCAGGCCCCCAUGCACCCCACAGAGAGGUAGGAAGAAGGUCAACUCCAAGACUGCCUGAACAGGAGCCCCUGAGCAGCUCACAUACUGUGUUGUCAAUAAAGAUUUGACAUUAUUCUGCAUUAGU